AUGAKGCAGAUGGUUAAGUGCUCAAAGGAUGUUGCGUUGAAGCCCCAGGAGCGUGUGGAGAAGCGGCAGAAYCCUCUGGCCAAGAAGAAGCGGGAAGCGCUUACCAACGGGCUCUCCUAUCUUCCCAAAAAGAACAGACUUCCCCACCACCAGUACAGCUCCGACCGCGAGAAUGACCGUAACCUGUGCCAGCACCUGGGGAAAAGGAAGAAGUUCCCGAAGGGCCUCAGACAGCUCAAACCAGGUCAGAACAGUUGCCGAGACAGCGACAGUGAAAGCGCCAGCGGGGAAUCGAAAGGUUUCCAUCGAAGUAGCUCUCGGGAAAGACUCAGCGACAGCUCGGCUCCUUCCAGCUUGGGGACAGGCUACUUUGCUGUGUUCUCCGAGCAUUACUUUCCAGCCUCCGUGAUAUCUGUAGGAAAAAUCAGUCAUUUUGUGUAUCUAAAACCAGGAGUGUAG